AUGAUCGGAGAUAUGCUUCGGUUGGUUCUUCUCUCAAUAUUGUUGGGCAUCUGUUUGAGCGCGAUCUGUGAGAAUGAUUCGGAUUGCUUUGAAAGCGGGUAUUGCUUUGAAAACGAGUGUCAACAGCCACUCGAAAUGCACAAAAGAGUAUUGAAAAUGAUCUCCACUCGAUCGGCUGCUUUCUAUUGUGAGACGGACAACGAUUGUCUCAUUCGACAAGACUAUCGAAACACUUGCAAUCGAAAUCAAUGCGUUCCUUUGUGGCUAAAUCGACUCCGAAUGGGA